UUUAUUUAUGUAUCCCCUAUUUCAAAUUUACAAUGAUAUAAAGAAAAUGCAGAUUCUUCAAUUCAUUCAAAUAAAAUCGAAGAACAGUUCCUUCUUCAAAUGCAACUCUCAUGAUCGAACAAGCCGUAGAUUGGCAGCAAGUCCUCAUCUUCUUCAUCGACAAAUCCCCCACAAAAUCCCCUCUCCGCUUCAAACAAAUCCACGCCUUGUUCCUCACCACCGGCCUCGCUCUCCACUCUUACCCUUUCAGUCGCCUCCUCCUCCUCUCCUCUCUCCCUCCUCUCUCGUCCUCCCUCGACGGCAACCUCUCCUACUCCUUCUCCCUCCUCCUCCGCUCCCCUCGCCCUCCUUCCACUUUCCUCUCCAAUACCCUGAUAUCUUCCCUCGCCUCCUCCGGCCACCACUUCCUUGCUCUCUCCCUCUUCGCCACCAUCCCCACCUCCCCCAAUUCCCACACUUACCCUUCCCUUCUCAAAGCCUGCUCCGCCUCCCCUUUCUUCUUCCCCUCCGGCCUCGCUCUCCACGCCCACCUCCUAAAAACCCUUCCUUUCCCGCUCGACCCCUUCGUGCUCACCUCUCUCGUCAUCCUCCACUCCCGCCGCGGCCGCCACCGCUCCUGCCGUCAACUUUUCGACCAGAUUCCCCAACCCGACCUUCCCGCCUGGAACGCCAUUCUCUCCUGCUCCGAAGCGAAGGAAGUCCUCUCUCUCUUCCAGAGAUUGCAGCUUUCAGCUUCACUGCCGAACGAGAUCACGCUUCUAUCUCUCAUCGGUGCCUGCGGCGACCUCAGCGCUCUCAGCCAGGGGAUCUGGGCGCACGCCUAUCUUAAUAGAAGCAGCGGCGGCGGCCUUGUCUUCAAUUGCUUCUUAGGCGGUGCUUUGAUCGACAUGUAUUCCAACUCCGGCCGCUUGGAUUUGGCCUACCAGGUGUUCACGCAAUUGCCUCAAAAGGAUAUUUUUUGCUAUAACGCCAUGAUGAGGGGGCUUGCCACUCAUGGCGAUGGACAUGGAGCUUUAGCUUUGUUUGAGGAGAUUAAAAGAAAAGGAAUAAGGCCUGAUGAAGUUACUUUUCUGAUGAUCAUGGCCGCCUGCUCGCACGCCGGCCUGGUAGAAGACGGUCGCCGGUGCUUUGAUAGAAUGGAAGAGGAGUUUGGGAUUUUGCCCAAGUUGGAGCAUUAUGGCUGCUUGGUUGAUAUUCUUGGGAGAGCAGGAAAGCUUGAGGAGGCUGAGAAAGUUGUGAGGAAAAUGCCAAUGGAGCCUAAUGGAAUCCUAUUCAGAGCUUUGUUGGGAGCUUGUAGAGUUCACAACAUGUUGCAGAUUGAUGAGAAAGUGACAAAUAAGUUGAAGGAAUUGGAGCCUAAUCAUGGAGGAAGCUAUGUCUUGUUAUCAAAUAUUUAUGCAGAUUUUGGCAAAUGGGAUGGUGCUGUUCUGUUGAGGAAAGAGAUGAAGGAGAGAGGCAUAGGGAAAAGCCCAGGCUUAAGUGCUGUGGAGAUUGAUGGGGUUGUUGAGGAGUUUUCCAUUGGAGAUCAAAGCCACCCUCAGAUAAAAGAGAUUUAUGAGUUGCUUGAUCAGAUUAGCAGGAGAUUUCAUGAAUGAUGGUGGCCAGAGAGCCCAACUAAUGAGAUCUUUGAUGCUGAGGAAGAGGAAGAUUAAGAGAUUGUUUGGUCGACUGCAUUAGGAGUUGGUGCGGAGCCGAUGUGUAGAUUUCAGGCCAAUUCAAACUUGACUUAGCUCAAGCCAGUUUACAAGUAGGCUUGACUUAGGGUUUCCGAGAAGCAGAGGAGCCGACGAGAAGGAAGAGGGGAUAGCGGGGAUAGCGGGGAAGACCGAGCUCUCCGAUGUGAAGUCGCUGUAGAUCCACCAAGAUGCCUGUCACCCCAAGAUUCCCUUCGACGAGGCCAAGCUCAACAACCUCCACGCUUCCCAUGGCGAAGACCCCUCCAGGCCCCGCCCUGCCGUUUGAGGGUCUUACACGUGCAGUAUUUAUUUAAGCUCUGGAUUUUUCUUUUACCCACUUACAUUGCUGGCAGCUAAGGUUUAUAGGAGGCAAAUUAUUUAUAAUGCAUGGUUACAUGAGGUAUUUAUGAAAGAAGCUGGGAUUUUCCUUCUAUAAAUGAGCUUAGAAGCUUCCUUAUGACAAACUUCACCACUUUGGCAUUUUGUUGUCAUAAAUUAGGUGGCGAUAAAAUGAAAAAGACGUGUUGAUUGUCUAGAGGGCGGAGAAAUUAUUAUGUGCGGUCACCGAACGGUCCCGAGGUGAAUAAGAUUUUGACGCGUUCUCAUUCGUCUUUGGACGUCAUUCGGUGACCGCACAGAAUAAUUAAUUUGAGAGGAUGAUGGUUAAUAGUCCUAUCGAUCAUCAUAGAUGUUGUCAAAACUAUUUGUGCAAUCGUUCGAUGUUGAAUGAUUGUAAACAUGAUUGGUCAUUAUUGUUAGGGCUGAGGACAUCUAUAUUCUAAAGGCAAAGUUGGCUCUUUAA